GAUCGCACAACAACCUCUUCUUUUGUUGUAUUUGUACAUUCACUUGCUCGCUGUAUAUAUAAAGCCACAACUUUCUGCGUAUUUAACCAUUUCAACCUUUAUCACUGUUUUACAAGUGUGGUUGGUGGGGUGAUUGAUUGAGGAGGGUGGUUACUGGUUACAAGACUUAAAAUACUUGCCUUGAUAAGAUUCAGGUUUCAUUAAAGUAUCCGGGUUUACAGAACGGACAUUGAGAUAAGUGUGCAAGUUAAAAGUGGUCGAGUUGGUGUGAAGGAUUUCAGUUUUAAUUUGGAUGGUGUAGUUAAUUAAAUUUGAUUUCCUGUGAAGAAAUCAGUUCUGAUAUUUUUAAAUCAUGACCCUGUCAAAGUUUGACACAAAAGUGGAAUCCGAACUUAUCGACCUGACCGCUUGGAAGCUUCCAAUUCCUUGGGAAAUUGACAUUAUCGAGCCAGAAUUGCAUUUUUACGCCUCAGGCAAAGCUGACCCUGUUAAAGCGCCGUAUACUAAAGAUCCCGACCAACUUCUGGAAGAUCUGACCUCGGCCGGAUAUCUGGGGAAGAAAACGUCGAAAAUAAUCUUUAUCACGCACGGGUUCGAAAAUGACAUCACGACGGAAUGGCUGCCUCAGAUGAAGGAUGAGAUUUUCAAGGUGGACCCUGAAGCCCUCGUCGUUUUAUUGGGAUGGGGUGGUGGGGCGAAUAUUAAUGUACUCAAGUAUGCACAGGCUGCAGCGAAUACUCAAACUGUGGCGAAAUGGUUCCGAGAAUAUUUGAGUUCAAUUCGGACAAGUUUUUCGGAUGAUAUUUUCCUUUGGGGAAUCGGCCACAGCUUGGGGGCUCAUCUACUUGGUUUGGCAGGUCGUCAAUCGCAGGCUUUUAAUCGCAUAACAGGCCUUGACCCCGCUGGACCUUCCUUCGAAAAAGUAAACCAGGAGAAUAGACUUUGCAACACGGAUGCCAAAGUGGUAGAUGUCAUUCACACGGACGGAUAUGACACCGUAUUUGACCCUGGCGAUUGGUUCGCCCCUGUGAACCAUUACGGAACCCUCAUUCCUCUAGGAACAAUUGACUUUUAUCCUAAUUUUGGAUAUCGACAACCGGGGAUUUCUCAUUUCAAGAUUGCUGAAAGUCACCACAGAUCGAUCGACUUAUUCAUUUGGAGUAUUGGAAAUCCUGGAAGAUUUAUGACAAAUGCAGUCCUGGAUGGCAUACCUGCAUAUGAGAGCCCCGUUGAAAAGGUCAAGUAUGAUACGGAAACGGUUGACAUGGGAUUCCAUUUUGAUACGAACCACAAUGGAUUAUUUUACAUGGAGACUAAUGGCGCCGUUCCAUGGACGAAUGAAUUGAAAGAUGAUGAAUGUGUGGGCUGGGGAUGGCCGUUUAAGAGUGGGUGCGUCAUUUCGUGACAUGGUCGUACUUAUAUGAAAGUGCUUUUUUGCUGGCAUAAUUGCAUAUAUACUAUUAUGAAACUACAUAAGAGUGCCUGCCCUGUAAUGGCCGCAACCAUAUUAUGAACUUUCACUUCGUAAUUUUAAAACAUAAAGCUUUGUACUUUUUAUAUAAACCAAAGUGGAACUGAAUUUUAAAUCGUUAUAAAGUUAUAGUCUGCCAAAUCUAAAUUACUAUCAUACUCGAAAUUAUAAUGAUGCCUACAUCUAAUGUGACAAUGUCAGUACCGUGACAGCAUGAAAACUCGGAAUAUUUUAUUUAUUUAUGUGUAUGUACAUAGCUAUAAAGAUGAAAUCAUGUCUCCUCAAAUAAUUACUGUUUAUCUCGUGCCAGUCUCACUGAUUAUAAUGACAUGCAUAAUAUGCAAAACAAAAUGUACAUAUAUUAUAAACAAUUCAUCGCGUUCAAUGGAUUCAAAUAAAUAAAACUCUUUAAAUCUCAAAA